GGAUUUCACUUCACUGUCAUCCACCCGCGUAACUUCGAAACAUCUUGUUUGGGAAAAGCUAGUAGAAAUGGCGGCGAGAGAAAAGUCGUUGAAACACCGACUGAAACAUGUAAAUACCACGUUUGAAGCGUCAAGCAUUGACUCCACAGCCGUCGAAGAAAAGUUGUUUGGCCAAGCGGAGGAGGACGAGGACAGUGACGACGGACCUGUGGUGUUUAUCUGCGGGAAGUGCAAGUUGCCUGUUGGAGAUUCACUGUCCUGGGAUGGAAGUGAAGACGACCAAAACCAAAUAAGACUAAAGAGGGUCACUGACAACGUCUUGAUUGGAAAGGACAACCGCCUGUAUGAAGUGAGCAAGAGCAAACGAUCUCUAUGUCUGGUUUUGGAUCUGUUCUGUCAAGGCUGCCAGUCUGUGCUCGGCAUGGUUUAUGCAUCCACGCCCAAGAACCUGGACCACAAGAGAUUUACGUUCUGUUUUAAUGUAGCAGACAUUGACAGCUAUGUGCUUGGCUCUGCAAGCCAGAUGUUGGCAGCAGAGGGCCCCAAAGAGCAGCCAGUCACACUGGAGUACAGAGGCAUUGUUGAACAACAGCUGACAGAGAUGAAAAUGCUGGUCAUAUCCAUGGCGCACAGGCUGGAGGAGAUCGAAGCCGGCCUUCAGGAGGGAUGUGAUGAGGCAUGACGGUGACGGACAUCAGCUUGUCUGGCAACACUUUCUACCAAGGCGGGAAAGCGGCUGCAUGCUGUACCGCUUGCCCUCCCUCAUCCACGAGGUUUCAUCAGCCUCACAGAACAACAACAGUUAGAAACGGCCAACCAGCAUGCUGUAUCCAAGGGCAGGUUGCGAUGGCAACUGGGAGCACGUGCUAUGCUGAGUGCCUGUUGCCAUCUCGUCAUCGCGUUUCACCGCCAGAGGAACAGCCAGCCAGCUCGCUGGCCGGCAUGCCUGUCAACAGACGUUACCCCCCCUCACUCAUGCUCAGACACAUACACGGGGGAGGAGUCCUGAAUGAACCUCCACCCUAAUCUCUGUGUGAUGUUUUUCUCGCUGCAAACCCCACCCUUGCCCCUUUUUCUCCCUCCCCCUCUUUCUAAAUCUCCCCUCCCUCAACUGCUUGGGAAAAAAAGUCAAAACAACAACAAACAAGCCGCGUGUUUUUUUGUUGUUGUUGUUUCUGGUGGUGGUGUUGGUGGUGGGUGGUGUUGUUGUCUCCAUGCAGCCAACCCAGAGAGUGGAUGAUGCAAGCCGGUCCAGCCAGUAACGGUCCAGACUUGUGCUGUUACGAGCUGUAACAGACUCAUUUCGGAGAAUAUGUCCCUGUUUGUUUUGUUUGUUUUGUUUGAUGUUCCAUUCGGAGUAAUAAAGCUUAAAGGCUAGAAGCCGCAUUUGACGUGAGCGUCACUGUGAACGGCUCACUGAAUGCCCUCUGAACUCAUUUAGCUUUUUUAUAUAUAGACACGGUGUUGCUGGAUGCAUUGCACUACCGAGUGCAAUUAUUGCACCGGUUUCACCCCACUCACCCCUUAAGUCUCAACCAAUCACUGCCAGCCAAACCAAGGCCGACGUAGAAACACAAACACACACACAGGCAACAGUCAGUACAUCUACACACAUCGUACAAGCACUCGGGGACAAAGGAUGAAUAAUGCAGAGGUAGUGUCUGAGUGAAAGCCCUCCCCUCUUUUCCUCCUUUUCACCUUCCCUAAGCAAUAAGGAAGCAAUGUUGCCAUGGAGGCAAUGAAGCCUCAGCACGCCGUCAACCAAUUACAGCCUUCCCUGUGUGAAACAUUGCACCAAUGGCUGCUCGAACUGAUGCUGCUGUUGCCACAGACACUGAAAUCCUAUUGGCUGGGCUCUGCUCUUUGAUUGAAUUUCUGAUCUUGUUUUUGAGAGAGAGAGAAAAUAUCUCAAGGAGUGCCACCUGUGUGCCAACUUACAAAAUAUGUUUGUUUUUUUCCAUGAAAUGAAAAAGAUUACUUUUGGGAUAAGGAAAAUGUUUCUUUUUUUGAGAGUUUAAGAGACCUAAAUGUAGUGCCAUUUGAGGUUUUGUAAUAAAUUGAGGAGGAAAGUGAUUUUCUGGUA